AUGGACGGUCUCCUCCUCUCUCAUUCGCCGGAACACCAAAAUCCAACAACCGAUCCGGCUUUGGAAAACAGAGAGCUUAAGGCAAAGAAGAAAGAGAUACUGAACAACGAUGGAGCCUCUACCUCUAGUUCUUCAUCUUCUACCUCUAACACCAAUUCUACUCGAAGGGUUUCUCAUAGACUUCGAAAGCCUACGGUGCGGUUAGGUAUGGCUCGCCGAAGCGUUGUGGAACGACAAGCCGAAGCCUUAGCUCUAGGCAUGUCAACUGCGACUUUUGCCAGUCUGGUUUUUGAGAAAAAGAGUGUCCCUGGCCAGAAGACAAAUCGUGCUGAUCUUGCAUUGAUUUAUGCUUCCGCUGUCAAAGAAUGUUUAGCCAAUGUUUAUGGUCAUAAGCUCGGUUCCUUUGCAGAGAGAUCAUUUAACAGUACUCUAGGGAUACUUAAAGUGAUUAAUGAUCCUGCAUUUCCUCAUCAGUUAGACACUCUCGAGAAAUCCAAGCUAGAAGUGGAUGUUUCCAGAGCUGGAACUAGAGCCGAGCGACUCAAAACCGAAUUAGAAGAUAAAUUAAAAGCCAUGUUAGGCAGAAUAUACUUUGAUUGGCUCGUCUUAAGUGUCAUCAACACUCUUGUUUGGACGUCGUACGGUGCUUACGUCUUCUCUACUGUCUUCUCACAAGAGAGUGUCAUGGAAAGAUUUAUCAACUUGAUUUUCCGGCCUCAGGUUUGGUUGCAGAUGAAUUUCCCUGUCUUAAUGAUCCUCGUCGUCACGUAUUUGAUAAUCCGUCGUUCAUCAGCUACAAAGCAGAGAAUGUCGUCAAUUUUUUACCUACUUUUCCUCCCUAUGGUUUGCGGUUUGUCGGGUAAGCUCUUUGUCGACAAAGUAGGCGGUAACGGCGAACUCUGGCUCUCUCUUUGGGGAAGGCUUUGCCUUUUUCAAUACGCUGCAGUUAGGUUCAUCACAUGGGCUGUCUUUGGUCUAUUGACUCAAGGGACCAAACCAAAGACUAUGGUUAUGUUACUGCGUUGGGCACAUCGUAGUAUCUUCAUUGGAUUGGUUCUGGCGCUUCCUCUGAUCAACGGUCUCUUGCCAUUUGCCACGUAUAGUGAAUGGAGACAUCUUUUCUCUAUUGGUAUGGAUGCAAUUCGUGGUGGUUUGGGGUUAUGA